AUGUCUGGCCUUUUUGAUACCGCUGGCAACUUUUCCCUCUACGCUAUCCCCGUAGCAUGGAUUUUUGCCCAGGCCUGUCAUGUGUACGCCGUAUCCGCGACUAAAUCCUUCGAUAAUCGUUCUCCUAGAGAUUUCCCAAAAAGUCUCGAGUCUGAUCAAAGCAUUGACAAAGCGAAAAAGAACCGUGUUCGUCGAGCUCAUGCCGCCGGAGCUAAUGGUUUCGAAAACAUAGGAUUUUUUGCUGCGGCAGUUGUUGCAGGAAAUGUUGCAGGGCUUUCCAAUUCCACACUCAAUACCCUUAGCGGAGGAUACUUGAUUAGUCGCGCGGUUUACAACUUCGUCUAUAUCAAUAAUGAUAAUCAAGGAAUCGCAGCAAGCAGAUCUUUGAUUUUUCUUGUCGGAAUAGGACACAUUUUCGCAUUGUUCAUCAAAAGUGGAAAUGCCUUAAGGGAUAGAGUUACGGAUUUGUUGUAG